CUUUGUUUUUCAAGUCCUUAUUGAACUUUAUCUUCUUUAUCCAUACCAAAAGUUAUGGGUUUCCGUUUACCUGCUAUAAUUCGCGCUAAGCAAUUUCUUCUCAGAUCCUCUUCUUCAACGUAUCAAACAGCUUUAGCAACCAUGGACGUGCCGAAGGGCUGUGUUACAGUAUAUGCUGGCGAUAACCAGAGAAAAAGAUAUGUGAUUCCUGUAUCAUACUUAAACCAGCCAUCGUUUCAAGAGUUACUGAGCCAAGCUGAGGAAGAGUUUGGAUAUGACCAUCCAAUGGGCGGUCUCACAAUUCCCUGUAGCGAAAGCAUCUUCUUAGAUGUCAUUUCUUGCAUAAGCAGAUCAUGAGAGACACCAUAUCUUUAUACAAUUUUGUAGCAAUUUUGUGCAAGUGUAGAGCUACAAGUACAAUGUACAGAAUAGACAUAGCAUUAAGCAUAAUAAAUGAAAUUAUUGUUUCUUUAUAUAA